UGUGGAGUUUAGUCCUGCUGCUGGAAGAAUUCCCCCUGGGGUAGUGGGAGGGGAGUUUGUGGUGGGUCUUCCACGUCACGUGACUAAUGAAAGGCUGGUUCUGAGAGACUGCGAUGCCCAACAAGAAGCGUAAGUGGGUGGACUGCAUGGAUCUUGCCUCCUUUCCAGAUGACAAGCCUGUAGUAGAAGGAAAGCCAAGUGCUGGGACAGUCGUGGCUGGUGCUGCAGUUUUGAGUACUUGGCUUCGCUGUGGUGAUGGAUUUCAGAUGGAUAGCAUGCUGGAGACCUCAAAAUCUUCAGAAAGAACAUCUAGAGCUAAAAAGAGCUUUACGUCACUACUCCAGUCAACUGCUGAAGGAAUCCCUAAAAACAAGAGUUCAAGUGAAUUCACGGAAAUAUUAUGGAGCUCCAGUGGGAGUGACUUGUCAGAUGAUGAAAACAAGACUUUGACUGCCAGAUUACCUAGCCCGAAAGUGGCAAAAUAUGAUUUGGUUUCCAAGGAUGGUGAACCACAGUUUAUCGAUUGGGAGAAAGACAGUGAUAAUGAAGAUGAUGGGUCAAAAACAGAUGACACUGAUUUGGAUAUCUCGGAUGCUGAUUCUUGUGCAAACAACUGUUUUGUACAUGGAGAAGAGGAAAGAGAGAAGUCUGCUAAAAUAACAUCUAUAGAAAUUUCUGAAUAUUCCUCAGACAACGAAAAUGUAGAAGAAUGGCAAGUAGAAACUUCUGCUAAUUUAGAGCUGCCAAAAAAGCUCCAGUUAAGUUUUGGAGCAGGAACUGAGCUGGAUACUGGAAGAUCAGCAACUGAGUGGCUAAAAUCUGCUCAGGCUGUUCUGCAAAUGCCCAAGAAGAAGACAGACAAGAGUUUGAAAAGCCUAGAUAAUUCUGCAAAGAAAAAAAAAUUGCUAAGAGGAGGCCUAGCAGAACGAUUGAAUAGGCUGCAGAACCGAGAGAGGGCCACUGUUAGCUUUUGGCGGCAUCAUUGUAGUUCAGAUUAUCAAACAGCAUCAGGUAGUAAGUCUGGUGUACUAACAGUGAAGAUCUUGGAAAUGCACGAAGAAUGCAUUAUGUGCAUAGCUAUCUGCCAGCAGAUGGAACAAAUUUGUGCUGCCGAUUCUUCUGCAAAAGAAUCUCAGCCAAAAAUCAAAGUUCUUUUUGCAAAAGAAACAGUCAUUCGUCUCAAGGCAGCUCCACAGGAUGUCAUAUCUAUCUAUCCUCCAUGGCAAAAACUUCUUCUGCCAAAUGAAAAUGUUCCAGUAAUUCUGAAUACCCAUUUUAGCCAAAAGGUCUUUCUCAAAGAACCAAAAGAAAUGAACAGGCUACAUUUUGAAGAGCUAUUACUUAUUAAAAGGAACAUAUGUCUGGCCCAGGUAUUCAGUCUCUCUGAUGCAAAAGAAAGUCAACCUCAGGCAUCUGCAGUUAGUCAGGUUUCCUGUCCCAAUAUGAAAUUUUUUGAGGACAUACACACUCAUAGCAGCAGAGAGUCCAAACUGUCUCUCUUUGCAGUUUCUUCUCUGAGUGAUUCUCUUCUUGACGUUGUGGAGACUCAAGGAAGAAUUGGAGGAAGAGGAAUGCAGGUGCAAGUGGUUGUUCAAAGAGUGUAUUAUUUGCUUGCUAAAGAAGAGUUUCAAUGUCAUCGUCAAGGAAAUCACUCUGCCCAAUACCUGACACCAUUGCUAAAUUCAGAUCUGUCAAACAUUAGAUUGUGUCUCCUUGUUCAAGAUACUUAUGGGAUGUUCAGUGAGGUUCAGUUUCAGAUCUUAUCUUCGUCUCUAGAAAGCAUUGGAGAAUACAGCAAAAAGUGGGAAGGAAAAUACUGUAAUGUAUCUGGUAUGAAAGUUCUGCACAGAGCCACCAGAGGAAGAAAUGCAGGACUUUUUAGCCUAAUAGACAGCUUGUGGCCUCCAGUGUCACCUCUAAAAGUUCCUGGUCAUAGUCAAGAGAAUCACACGACUGCAUUGAACCUGCCCCCUCCUAGUUUCUGUUACAUUCUUGCUACUCCUCCUGACCACAUCAAUGCUAAUGAGAGUGAGCAAGUUUCAGAUUCGUAUUUUCCUCCAGCUGUGUAUACUCUCAAGGAAAUUCUUCAGACAUGUGAAUUGAAUAAGUGUUGCAGCUUUUGGGCAUAUGUGAUACAUCGAAGACUGAAGGUAACAGGUACUGCUCCCUCAAGUCAAAUACAAUUUUGGCUGUUUGUGACUGAUUUCUCACUGCAGUAUGAGGCUGAAAUCCUCAGUCCUGAAAUUCCCAAAGCUCUGCCGGUCUCUGUUGCUUCCUCGUGUGUAGUUGAUGUGGAAGUGAUGAGGGUACUCAAGAAUAUACCCCACUGUGCCAUUUUCUUCAAGGAUGCCCUUUGUAGAAAUGGUAGGAUUAUUUGCAUUGAACGUACCAUUCUAUUGUUGCAAAAGCCCCUUUUGUGUGGGGCUGCCAGUGCUGAGAUCACUGAACUGACUGGUCCUGUCAGACUAGAUGAGCUGGAUUCUGCAACUCCAGUCAAUUCCAUUUGCACCGUAAGAGGUAUUGUUGUUGGUGUUAAUGAGGGAACUGCUUUCUCUUGGCCUACCUGCAAUAGAUGUGGCAAUGGAAAAGUAGAGCAGCAUUCACAAGACAGAGCAUUUCUAUACUGCAACCAAUGUUCAGAAACCAUAACUUCUCCAGCUCUCAAAAUGCACCUGGAAGUCUUUCUAUACUGUCAAUCCCUACCGCUUUGCACAGUAAAAGUAAAGCUGCUGCAAAGGACCAUUUCUUUGCUUCUGAAUUCUUCCCUCACUAAGGAUGGGAGUUAUGAAGUGAAGAGUGUGCUGGGAAAGGAGGUGGGGGUUUUAUAUUGUUACGUCCAGUCUGUGACAAACCACCCAUCCAGCUGUGUGCGACUGGAAGAAAUUGUUCUCCCUUCUGCAGAAAGAAGGGAAAUUCUGUCUGCAACUCAACGUACAAGCUUUGUAAUAUAGUUCUUAAGUAUUACUGGUAGACCAUAUGUGAUUGUAGAAAUGCUAUCAACUGAGUUAAAUUUUUUGAGGGAUGACUUGGAAAAUUGUUGGGGUUCCUUCGCAUUCAGUACUGAGCAUAAGCCAACCCACAUCAAGCCAUUUUAAAGUCCCCUUCAUUUGAAUUUAAGAUUUCAACUUCUGUUGAAAUAAAUGGAACUUAAAAGUGCAAAUAAAUAUUUGGCUAGGUUUUGCCCGUUGUAUCUUUAUUUCUGGUCAGUCAAAAGCCAUUUCAGAGCUCAGGAUUUAAAUAUAUAUUUUCCAGCAAUGUUACUCUUCAUGUGAAAGCUGGUUUUUGUAAUGAGUUCCAGGGACUGUUUUUUAUGAAUACAUGUGAAUAGUUGAAGGCUUUCACGGCCAGAUUCAACUGGUUGUGGUGGGUUUUCCAGGCUGUGUGGCUGUG